ACCGUGCGGUGUUUGCGGUGUGUGGAUUUACGGUGUAUUUUAUUGACUUUUAUUUACCAUUUUUCACCGCAAAUUCAUUAAAAUGAGCUCUUCGGUGCUGUCUGUAGCCAAAUUUGAUUUGAAAAAAAUGAAAACAGUUUAUUUAAAGGUCGAUAUGGAGUACGAUAAUCGGAAAAAUGCGGCUCUCGCGAUUCUCAGCAAACUUUCAAGAGAUCUCCUUAAAAUUUGUUCAAAUUUCGGCGGAUGCUUGGCCCGUCCACAAAGAGAUCUGUGCACAAUUAUGCUGAUUAUUGAUUCGGAUAAAUUGGAGAACGAGCAUCUUGUUAAGCAUCUCAAGGAACAUCACAUGACGGUGAAAAUGGAAUGUGACUGCGAUUCGGAUUCGAUUGAAAAGUGCUUGCCGUUCGCAAUAUUUUAUUUCAUGGAGAAACAAAAAUGGUUUCGGAUUGGUGAAUGCUUUGUUCAAGACGGAUUUUUGUGGUGGAAACAGACGAAUCUUCCAAGAAUUCAGAUUCACACGCAUUGUUCAUCGGAAGGAAAUGUUUACAUCAAAUUUUCCGCCGAGAUGAUCAGAAUUCACCCGUUUGACCAUUGGAUUUUGGAUAGUGACGAGAGAUUCCAUGAUUUCAAUUCAGGACCAAUUUCUCGACGGAUUCGACCCAGAUGGGUGUCAUGUCUGCCGAAGCUUGGUAAAGGAAGAAUCGUGAAAAUUCAUCGAAAGAUUCCGGAAACUGCUCCAUUUGAAAGUUAUGAUCAGAUGAAGUCUUAUUGGAAGAAGACGUACGGAUAUGAUCUUCCACCAUCCGAACCGGAAGUUUACUAUGAUGUACUAUUCCAUAAUGGUGAAACAAUGUUGUAUCCACUCUACUGUGUUCUCACGGGAACCCCCGAAGUUCUUGAAAACCGUGUUGGAAAAACAAUGACAAGUGAGGCAUUGGCUCUGUUUUUGAAAGCAUUCAAGGAAGCAUCGAUUGUCAUUUGUGGAAGUGUUCUAGCUCCAGAAGACCAAGACUGUCAAGCUGUAAAAGCCUACCUGGAUGUCAUGUCGAUGUCAGCCAUAAAUUCUUCAAAACUCAAAAAAGAGGAGAAAGUGACGAGAAAAAGUUCUGGAGGAGGUCAUGAAGAGCAUCAAAAACCUUAUGAAAUCCGAAAGAUCUAUCCGAAAAUUCCAGUUGGUGUCAAGAGAAGCAUCUCUUCCUCAAGUCAAUCCGGCUUACCGAUCGUCAAAAAGGCAAGACCUGGCUUCAGUGUAUCUGUUGAUUAAUUAUUUUGUAUUAUUAUCAUAAUCUUGUUCUAUAUAGAUCAUGUAUUAGUUUAGCAUGUUAAUUAAUUUUGUAGAAAUAAUACAUUAGUUUUUUUAUUUU